ACGAAGUAUCAACGCAAUUGCUAGAUUCCUCUGCCAAAGCAAUAAUCGUGCAAUCAAAGGCAUAUUCUAUAGCAAAAGCAGCCCUGGACUUGAUGAAAUUGCAAAUACCCAUCAUAGUCAUCAAAGAAAAUCAAGCAGAUAGUUUGCCACAAGGAGCAAUUAGUUUACAAGAAUUUGUUGAUUCCAAAAUAGACAUUCCCGAUUUGGAACCAGGAACUGGUGACGAUUUAGCUUUCCUGCCUUACUCCAGUGGUACGACCGGUUUGCCAAAAGGAGUCGAACUUUUACACCGUAAUAUCGUUUCGAAUGUUAUGCAAGCAAGUCACAUAGAUUUCAAGUUUACCACCGAUCCAUCUGAUACUUACCAAGACGUUACACCUGGUGUUCUCCCGUUCUACCAUAUCUAUGGAUUCACCGUUAGUGUAAUAAACACUCUAUACCAUGGAACUAAAGUGGUUACCUUAGAAAAGUUCACUCCAGACUUGUACAUUUCAGUUUUGAAGAAUAAUCCCAUUUCGUUAAUAUAUGCUGCCCCGCCAUUGAUUCUUUUUCUAAGCGCCCACCCCGACGUGAAAAAAGAAUACUUCGCCCACUUGAUAUCUGUAACUUCCGGAGCAGCUCCUCUAGGUCUUUUAGACGAAGAAAGGUUUAUCGAGAAAAUUGGUAGGGACGUACAGGUAUUUCAAGGAUAUGGAUUGACUGAAACUUCCCCGAUUGUUACGUUUUCUCCCAAAGGUUUGCGGCGAUCAGAGAGUAGCGCUGGAUCCAUUGGCGUGCCGGUUCCAAAUACUCUCCUUAAAUUGAUUGCUCCUGAUGAUCCAACAGGGACACCGUUAGGGCCAAAUCAGACUGGGGAAUUGUUAGUGAAAGGUCCGCAAGUUAUGAGAGGCUAUCACAAUAGACCAGAGGAAACAAAAAAUGCGUUUUUGGACGGAUGGUUCAAAACUGGAGACAUAGCCUACUACAAUGAUAAACGACUUGUCUUCAUCACUGAUAGGCUGAAAGAGCUAAUUAAGGUGAAAGGAUUCCAGGUGGCUCCGGCAGAGUUAGAGGCUAUUUUGAGAAACUAUCACGCAGUAGAAGAUGCCGCAGUAAUAGGUAUCCCUCAUCCACUUUUUGGUGAAGUUCCCAGAGCUUACAUUGUACCGAAGAAGGAUGUCCCUUUGAAAGUAGAAGACCUGAACCAGUACGUCAACGACAAAGUCGCGAAGUAUAAGCGACUUGAAGGGGGGGUUCAAAUCAUAGACGUUAUUCCCAAAAAUCCUUCUGGAAAAAUUCUAAGGAGACAGCUGCGAUUGAAAUACGAUGAAAAUGAAAUAUAACUUAUGACACAUUCAAUCAACUGUACGAUUUUCUUUGGAAUUAAUGAACUUUUCAACUGGCGUUCAAUCCAUCAAACACGUAAAAAAAAGUCUUAUGAAAUAAUUGAUAGCUACUUACUUUAAAUCAGUUAAUGAUAUUCAGGGUGUUCCAAACUUGAAGAUAUGUUAAGUGAGAUAUAUCGUAUGUUAGAAGAGAAACAUAACCUUAAACCUCUAGAUAUAAGGUCGUUUUAUUAUCCAAUGCCUCGCUUUGUACUUGAGGUUUUGUAUCAAAUGAUAGUUAUAUAAAGUGAGUCAAAUUCAAGAUGCGUGGGGAUUCUGAAAACUAACAGUUUCAGCAGAGGUUAAUGAAAGGCAGUACAGUUGAGCCCAUUUUUGUUAUGGUUAAAACCUCUUAUUCUCAAAAUACAAACCUGGGACCGAGUUAAAUGAAAAGAUUUAUAGGUUUAGUUCAGUGCUAUGGAAAUAUUUUUGAGGGUGGUAUUUCUUGGACUUUCCCCAACGUAUUUCAAAUAUAGACCCGUAUUUUUCAUUUCUUUAAAUAUCCUUGCUCAUGUUAGAUGAUAAAAAUUACCUGUCAAAAUGUUAGUUCAUUAUUAAUCUCGAGUCAUCAUCAGUGAAGAUUGAAUACUAUGAAAAGUUGGGAGAUAUAUUUUGGAGGGUUUUUCAUAGCAAUAACAUUGAUGCAGUGUUUGUAUUUCAUAACUUUUGGGAAAUUUCUGACUUACCAACAAUUCGUUAGUGCUACUUCCCCUGAAAAAUCCCUUUUUUUGAAUUGUUGAUAUUGGUUUAGCAAUCGAGAGUAAAGAACAUGAUUAAAUGAUUUCUACAGCUUCAAAAUUCCAAUGUAAAGUUGCAUUAGGUUAACGCGUGUUAGGAAUCACACGUUAAAAGAUAAGACCUUGUUAGUCCUUAGCUCGCAAAAGUUUCGACUGUUGAGGUUUCUUGUUCAAAGGGAGCGACAGCUGAAUAACGGAAAAACAGAUUUUAAGAGGAAAGAACAGAAAGCUUUAGUUAUCGGAAAUCAAUUGACCCAAAUGUGAGUGAAAAAUAUAGUUGAAUAAUUUUAUUUUUUCACGUCUCUAAAAGUAAGAGGUUUUUAACAUCAUAACCUAUUCCACAAUAGGUAAAUGUUCCUUGAAAAAUAUUUUUCUGUGGAGGAUCAAUAGUUUCUUGAUUUAAUGGGUUUUUGAUCUUCUACGAUCAGGAAAAUGAAUAGUUUUAGAUUAUAUAAUAGUGUAUAAAUGAAUUUAUAUUUAGAGUAGGUAUGUACGAAUGUUGCCUGUCGGAUUAGAUGGAAUUCAGACAAAAAAUAAAUCAUGAACUCUCCGUUUUCCAAAUCCUCAUGCAUCCACACGCGCGAUAUAAUUUUCUGAAUAUAUUUCCUAUCAACGAAGUUUCAUACAAUGUGUGCCACAAAAUGUUUAUUUUCUUUUACAAUGUGAAAAAUGAUCUGUCAAAACCCUUUACAUUUUUCAUCCACUCAGUACAAUAAUUCUCAAUUCUGCUAGUACAUUGUUCAGUAAACUAUUUUAAAGACUUUCUAUUUCUGUUUGUAUUUGUGUUCAAUAUAUUUCUGUUGUGAAUGUUUUUUGGUGUGAUGUAUUGGUAUGGUUGUGGGUUGACCACAUUUAAUUAAGGCGUUCUUCAUCCUAGAAAUGAGUUGAAUAAAUAUUAUUGUUACAACUUU